UUAAUUCACACAGUGGAAGUUCACUUUUGAAACCAGUUACGGAAAAACUCAGAUUGUAGCUGAGGAGGAAAAAACUGAGAGCUCGCACUUGAAGCGAUGCAGUCACGUGGUCGCUGAGACCCAGUGGUCCGUGAAGUCGUCUCUAUGAUGACAUGACAGAAAGCAGGCACAGUUCCUGUGAGAGCUUCCCGCUACACCUAGAGGAAUACCACAGCCAAUGACAUAUUUAAAUGGCUUCUGCUCUCAGUUGCUUAUGUCACUGCUAUCACAGCUGUCACAAGUUAGGUUCUAAAGACUUUGGUUACCAGGAACAAUUUGGCUCAAGAGUUAGUGACUCCGACAUGGUCUGAGAUGAAGCUAGACAGUCAGCAGUGACGGGAGAAGACCUGGCAGUAAUAGCCAUAUAAUAGCCAUAGCAUAGACGGAGAAGAAAUGAUGCAGCAACCUUUACUCGGCAAGUGUAGAAAAUGGGAAAUGCUCUCCUUGCACGCCGAUGUUCCUGAAAGUAAUUAACCCAGUUAAACGCUGAAGGUGAUAUUCUUCAGUAGUUAAGAUGUCCUCAGCACCUGAGCCUCCAACAGCAAAGAAAGACCCACCGAAAGAGAGGAACUUUGAAAACCCAGGCCUCCGAGGGACACACACGACAACCUUAUUUCGAGCUGUGAAUCCUGAGCUCUUCAUUAAACCUAACAAACCCGUAAUGGUCUUUGGACUGGUGACCCUUUCCCUCUGUGUGGCUUACAUUGGUUAUCUGCACGCGGCACAAGAGAACAAAAAGGACCUCUAUGAAGCCAUUGAUAGCGAAGGGCAUCGAUACACGAGGAGAAAGACAUCUAAAUGGGAUUAAGUGCUGUUUCCUUCAGAUGGAGCAUUAUUACAGGCUCUGAAAUCUUUAAAUGAAAGACUCUCUGAGAGUAUGGAAUUAUGUUUCUUGUUCCAUAAUCUGUUAACAAGAGAGAAUACACAAUUGGAAGCAGUCCACUGUGCUAAAUAUAGUCCCAUUACAGCUGCGGCUGUUAGCCCUUUCUCUUCCCACAAAGGAAUGUCUCCAUAUUUCUUCUGUAAAAAUGCCAUAAGAAUGGGAGUCUUUUUGUUCAAUUCUGUAUAAUAAAAGUACCCAGUCCUGUUAAA